ACGUGGUGUGGAAGUUCCUCCACGUUGUGACCGAAAACAUGGCUGCGCUCUUGAGAUCAGCCCGGUUACUCAAGUUUUCACCAUCAGGUUUGCUCCAGAUCCCGGGGAGCAGAAGGAGCGGUGCUCCGCUCGGUCGGUUGUACAGUGGGGCUGUCGGCGGUAGAAGGACCGGCGUCUGCUCCAGACAGAUCGGCUUUGUUUCUGACAACGUCAGCAGGUGUGUGUGGCCUUACACAACCGGGUGCGUGCGUAACUAUGCUGUGGCCACAGAGCAAAAGGACGAGGCCAAUGUGGCGGUGCGGUCUAAGCAGGCACAACAGUUCGAUUGGGCGCUGACCAAACUGGACAGCUCAGUGAGGAGGACGGGACGCAUAACAAAGACAUUGCUUUUGCGCAUCUUCCAUGAUAUCUGCAGGACAGGUUAUCCUAGUAGUAAUCAGGCCUUGCUGCUGCUGCGUAGCUGUGGCUCCUUGCUGCCUGAGAUGCCAAUGGAGGAGCGUAACGAGCUGGCACACAGAGUGUGGGAUAAGCUGCAGGAGCUGGGUGCACAAUAUGACGUUAGCCACUACAACGCCUUGCUGAAGGUUUACCUGCAGAAUGAAUUUAAGUUCUCCCCCACUGACUUCUUGGCUAAAGUGGAAGCAGCGAAUAUCCAGCCAAACCGAGUCACCUACCAGAGGUUGAUAGCUGCUUAUUGCCAAAAUGGAGAUAUCGAGGGAGCCAGCACCAUCUUGGGUUUCAUGAAGAGCAAAGAUUUGCCAAUCACAGAAGCCGUUUUCAGCUCUCUGGUGACAGGACAUGCACGCGCAGGCGAUAUCGAGAGUGCUGCAAACAUCUUAUCUGUGAUGCGGGGAGCAGGAGUUGAACCGAGUCCUGAUACUUAUGUGACGCUGCUGAAUGCGUAUGCUGAGAAGGGAGAUCUGGAGAGUAUGAAGAAGACUCUGGAGGCAGCAGAGAGCGCAGACUGCAGCCUGAUGGACAGAGACAUCAUGCAGGUCAUUUUCACUCUGGCCAAGGCCGGACACCAGCAACACAUACCAGAAAUGAUCGAAUGCCUGAGGCACGAGAGGGGCUACAUUCCAGAUGCCAUGAACCUGUGUCUGAGCCUCAUCACCCAGGGACAAGAAGAUGUAGCUUUUAGCCUCCUGAAGACAUUCCCUACUCUACAGUCAGAUAGCAGUGACUCGUCUAACCUUGGAAACUUCUUCCUCAGGCACUGUGUGAACAUGGACACGGCACUGGAGAAGGUUGUGCAUUACUGUAAAGAUCUUCAGGUGUUGAACCUUCACACUGCGCCGCUUACCUUCACUCUUUCCUGUGCCCUGGAGGCCAGAAAACUUGGGACAUCUUUGGAGCUGAUGAAGUUACUGAAGGAGCAGAACAUACCUGUUAGACCUCAUUACUUCUGGCCUGUUCUUAUUCAGCCUUUAAAGGAGAACAACAUAGCUGGUGUUGUGGAAGUGAUGCGAGGCAUGGAGAAGCUUGGCGUGUCCCCCGACCUCGAGACGUUAUCCACCUAUAUCCUCCCCGUGUUCCCCAGCUUAGAGGCCGCACGACAAGCCCUCAAGGAUUUAGGCAUCUCUGUGGAUUCCGAGGCCUUCGUGUGCGCAGAGGUUCGCUCAUUGGCGGCUAGCGACCUGGCCCAAGUGUACACUAUAAUGUCGGAUCCCUCUUUCCCACCCCUGGACCUCAGUUUUUUCCGCAACAGCCUCAUCGCCGGCUUCAAAAAGUCCUCUGAUGUGGAGAGCAUGGUGAAGAUUACUGAGCUGCUCUAUAAGGACAAGCGGUUCUCCAACUCAAACUCCAACCCCUCUGAGGCUACGUCGUACUUCCUUUACAACCUAUUUGACAACAUGUCAGCCGUGCAGUUUGAGGCGCAGGAAUACAAACUGAGGAGUUUCCUCAAUCAGCUGCAGACUCAGAACGUAACAAUUUCUCUAAACAUCUGUCGAGGAAUCAAAAAUCUGCUGGAGUCCUACCACUGCCCUGAGCUAAUUAAGGAUGUGAUUUCUUUGGUUGAACCUAAGGAACGAGACUCUGUGUCGGCUGCUCCUCGAGCCACUGGAGUUGAGAACAGAGUUUUGGCUCUUGAGAAUAAAUUGGCCGAACUGAAAGCAGAGAACAAACCAUUGGGCUUGGUUCUUAAACAGGCCAUCCAGGCUCUGACUGCCGAAGAGAACCUGCAGCGUGCCCUUGAGCUGAAGCAACAGCACGAAGAGGAGAUGACAACCGGGGCUUAUGCCACCCUCAUCAACCUGUGCUGCCGCCACAACAAUGUGGAGGAGGCGCUCAACCUGAAGAGGGAGAUGAGUCGUAAGGACUCAUCAGUUGCCCUGGAUCCCAGUAAAUACAUCGCACUGAUCAAGAUGCUCUCUGUGAAUGACAAAGUUGAGGAGGCAGUGGAUAUCCUGAAGCAGAUGAAGGAGAAGAAUGUGGUGCUGGACGACAACCACAUCACCUCCAUCUUCCACAUGCUGAGUGCCGUGGCGGCCAAAGACGGCAUCUCCACUGUCCGCCGCCUGCAGGACACCAUCUUUACCCUUGGUUUGGCUAAACCCACCGCUAAUCUCUGCUCGCCUGUGGUCACUGCUUACUUGGACAGCAAUGACGUGUCUGGAGCCCUCGAAGCGGCGUUGGAGUGUCAGAAGCUCUACAACCAGCUGCCACGCAUCCAUGACAUCAUUGUUGCUUUGGUGGAGAAAGGAGACACGGAUUUAUUGCAAAAAGCCAUGGACUUCAUUAGCCAGGAGCGAGGAGAGAUGACGAUGCUUUAUGAUCUGUUCUUCGCAUUCCUGCAGACAGGCCGGUACCGUGAAGCUCGUAAGAUCGUUGAGACCCCUGGGCUGAGGGCAAAGCCUGGUCGCCUGCAGUGGUAUGGAGAAAAAUGCAUUAUUUUGAACCAGAUGGAGGCUUUGGAGCAGAUGGUGGAAAUGACAGCCAAGCUGUUUGAGUGCGACAGAGAUGAGAUGUACAAUUACAUCCUGAGGCUCUGCAAGGAAACCAAUGACUGGCAGAAAGCAGAAGCCACAUGGACAAAGAUGCAGGAAGAGAACGUGAUUCCCAGAGAAAGGACUCUGCGUUUGCUGGCAGACAUCCUGAAGAGUAACGGCCAGGAUGUGCCCUUUGAGGUGCCUGAGACGUGGUACGAGCAAGCCACCCCCCACACACAGCAGGUCAGGUCACCACUGGCGCCCCCGUCAGCUGCAAGUGGUGCUGAUUUCCAGGCCCGUCUGCUGGCACUCUGUAAGAAGGGUAAAGCCAAAGAAGCACUGGGGAAGCUGAAGGAGUUGGAUAAACAGGGCGUGGCACUCGCCCCGCUGCCAUACGACCACUUGAUCCGGGCUUUGGUGGCGCAGGGAUUCAUUGAGGACGCCAUGGCGGUCAAGCAAAUCGCUGAGUCACGUGUGCGAAGCUUCAAGUUGAGUGACGUUGCCAACAGUUUGCUCAUCAUCUCACACAGCAAAAGAGGCCAGACCAAAGAGGCUGUGGAGAAACUGAAGUCUAUGCUUCAGUUGGAUCACGUGCCCUCGAAUCUGGCCAUCACCAGACUGGUUCAGGCCCUUGGUAACCAUGGUGAUGUGGCAGGAAUUCAGGAAGUGGAAUCCCUAAUUAAGAGCCUCGGCACAAGCCUGAACCUGUCCAGCAUGGUGUUUAUCAACAACACAGCAUUGGCACACAUCACAAAUGGCGAUGUGGAGUCAGCCGUCGAGUUGUUUGAUGGAAUCUACACAAAUCCAAACAGCUCCAACGCCAGCAUGUCCUUUGUCUUCAGAAAGGUCCUGGAGUCUGGAAAUGACAAAGCUUUGGACAAAUUGAGUGCGAUGGCAGAGCGGCUAGCCAAUCACUUUGCCUGCUACAGACCAGCUUCAGAUCUCUUCCUGCAACUGCUGGAUUUGGACAAAGUGGAUGAUGCCAAAUUUAUGCUGGCUCGCUGCAACGCUCUGGCUGAACAGAAGGAGGUGUUGCUGUCCUUCGUGGCUCAGAAGGCUCAGAGUCCUGGACAGACUGGAAAGAUCAAGAACCUGAUGAGCCUGGUUCCAGACUUUACAGAGAAGGAGGUCCUGUACGCGUACCUGAUGAAAUGUCACGUGUUGGAUAAGGACUUACCGUCGGCCAAGACUCUGUACGAACAGAUGCAGAAAGAGGGGCUUCAUGUGGACGAGCUGUCACUCAAGCGGCUGGCUGGGCUUUACCGCGAGGCAGGAGAGACCGCGCCCUUCUCUGAGCCCCCUGAGUCCUUCAAGUUUUACGCAGAGAGGUUGAGAGAGAAAGCCACCAAACGUCGGGCACAAGCUGAGGAAUAGAGUGGUCACUAUCUCCUCAUACCUCCAUGCAAAUCCCUCCGUUUGGUUGUCUUUUUUUCUUGGUUUUUUUAUAUGUUUUUGAAGGAGAAAUGUGGAAUAUUGCGUUGUAACUGCCUGUUUUAGCUUCUGUCCACUGUAAUGACAAUAAUGUUCAUUAAAUUGUUGAAAAUGUACAGUCGUAUUUAUGCUAUUAAAUGAUGAGGGAUGAGCCGA